GCCAUCUCCAGAAACGCACUCUCAGCUCAUCUGCGUGGGAAAAAUUCAAAGGGUUCCAAUUUCAUUCAUGGUAAUGGAUGUGCCGAUCAAGCUAGAAGUCAAAGUCGAAAACGACGGGGAAUGUGCCAUUAACGAGGAUGAGGCCACGCCGCUCCGGGAAAGUGCUGGCGAUUCUCCGCCGCAUGCAUUUGCCACCGGAGUCCCAAUGUCCGGAUCAGGUUGGGAUAGUGAUCCUGAGGAUUCUGGCCAGCGAUCGGCGCCUCCGACUCCGGGAUCCCAUUUGGAAAAUAAUCUGGAAGCCAUCGAAUGGAAGGCAAAGCCAACGUUUAAAAUCGAUCCUGAUCAACAAAUGUUGGACGAUAUCCUGAACGACCCUUUCCUUUGUGAGACCCCGAAGCCCUGCGAUGUGAAUUCCAAUUCAAAAUUGGAGUUGUCAGACGAGCAGGGCAGCCGUAACCGCGAUGGACUUCCAUGCGAUUUUACGAACCGUGAGAGCCUGGAAGACAUGGAUUUGUGCAGCCUCGAGGCCUCCAAGGAUCUGAUACCAGAAAAUCAACAUGGAGCUUCGCAACUAAAUAAGCCCGAAGAAGGGGCGGAAUCAGAAAAUGACGCUGAUCUUGUAGCCCAGAAAAAGGAAAUUCUAAAGAAGUUAGCGAACGUAAACGGUAAGGAAAAGAAGAAGAAAAAGAAACAUAAGAAGGAUCGGUCCCACCGCUCGAACAGAGAUGAGGAGGAGUCCAAAAAGCGAAAGCGUAAUGACAGUUCGCAGGAUGAGAUCCCGGAGGAGAAAAGACGUAGUAAUGGCAAACAUCGUGGACGCAAGCAUCGCGUCAAAACCGAACAGCCCGAGGAAGAACUGGACUACGUUCCAGUACGAGACGAUGAGAAACACAUCCGCAUGGUUCAAGCCUCAACUCUUUAUGAACGACAGCCACAGCAGGCUGAACCAAAUACCGAGAAUUUUUCCAAAGCAGACAAGCGAAAUCUAGCCGUGGCCCGGGCUGAAUUGGUACUGGAACUGUUUCAGAAGAAAGCCAACGAAGAAAAGGUCGACGAAUACCAUAUGGUGGACACCGUGUGCAAGCUGCCUAUUAACGAGUCCUUCCGGAACCAAAGCUGUUUCGAGAAUCCCUCGCCCAUUUGCAACAACAUGAAUGUGGUCUAUGAGUUCAAUUCCACGCCCGGGACUAAGAUUGAUUUGGCUAAAUGGGGCCUGGAAGUAGUGCCCCGGGCCACUGGGGAGCUGCUUCGCCUGCUGGGCAUCGAUGUGGCUCGUCUAAAGCAGAUCCAAAGCACCACUAAGCCGUCGCAACGAAUACUUAAGCUAAAACAGGAGCAACUCGAGCAGGGUCUGGCGCCGGCGGUUGAAAUAGAAACAGCCACGCUUUACAAGAAUGCAGCGACCCAAACGGAGCGCAGGACCGCUACCCACGAUGCCGGCAUCCAGGUUCGGUUGGAAACCCCAUUUAAAGGUGCUUUCUGGCAGGAUUCAAAGUUUAACCAAACGAAUUUGACCCAGCAGCAAUCGAACGUAAUGUACGCUCUGCAGGAGCUCUGCAAGACCCUCCCCGAUUCCACCGUGGCCAUGACACUUUACAAGGCUCUGGAACCGGCUCUGGCCAUUAAACGCACGGCUUCACGUUACUAAUAAUUAAAAUGUUGUUGAACUAUUAAAUCCAAAUAUGACUAUGUCAAAUUAUGAUUUCCUUUAAUUGAUAAAGGCUACAUAAAUUUGAAUUGCUUUAAUUACCACAAGUGCUUAUACCAAAUGCUUAUUGGAGGACCAACCUUUUGUAUUUCUCGAAUAUAUAUAAUUGUAAAUCUCUCGCUCAAAGGUAAAGCAAUUGCCAAUUGAAUUUGUAAAUCAUCUCGCUCAAUGUGUUCUCACUUUCUUUGUAUAAUUAAUAAAUACACAUAUGCACAUGCAUCAUACA